AUGGAAGUACAAAUCAUUUCCAAAGAAAAGAUCAAACCUUCUUGUCCAACACCAGACCACCUAAAGACUCACAAGCUUUCCAUUAUCGAUCAAUUAGCUAUUCAAUGCUAUGUUCCUGUUAUUAUUUUUUAUUCACCAUCCCAUAAUCAAGAUUCUAGCCAAAUAUCAACUCAGCUCAAGAAAUCAUUAUCAGAAACAUUAACCCAUUUCUACCCUCUCGCAGGAAAAGCUAUAAAUGGUUCUUUUAUUGAUUGCAAUGAUGAUGGAGCAAGUUUUGUUGAAGCAAACAUUGUUGGUGACAUGUCUAUGGUACUUAACCAAUCUAAAAUUGAAUUGUUGCGGUUGCUUUUACCUAGUAAGCUAAAUGAGAAUUUUGCUGAAAAAGAAAUAGUUUCUGUUCAAGUUAAUUAUUUUACUUCUGGUGGGAUAGUUAUUAGUGUUUGCAUUAAGCAUUUGAUUGCUGAUGCAUCAACAGUAGCUUCUUUUGUUGAAGUUUGGGGUAAUAUUGCUCGUUGUGCGACUAACAGUGUUUCUAAUGGCAUAAUCUUUGACCGUACUGGUCUUUUUCCUCCUGUUAAUAAUAAAAUAGAAGGUUUAUCAUGGGUUGAAGGUUCGUUAUUACCUGAAACUGUGACUAAGAGGUUUUUGUUCGACGGUUUGAAGAUUGCUGCACUAAGAGAAAUGAUUAGCAAUGGAGUUUCUGUUGAUCAACCGACACGUUUUGAGGCAGUUUCUGCACUUAUUUGGGGUGCUUCUAUAUCUGCAGCAAGAGAAAGCGAAGAAAACGUUGACUCUCAUGUAGCAGUAACUGUUGUAAAUUUGAGAAAGAAAUUGAAUCCAAAUUUACCACAACAGUGUAUAGGAAAUAUCUGUCAGGUAGCAAUAGCAAAAUCUGCAAUAGAGAAAUCAACAGAUUACAGAGAACUAGUGAGAAAAAUUCGCAAGUCGAUUGGGGUUUUAGAUGAUGGGUAUGUGAGAAAGUUUCACGCAGAAGGAAAAUGGUUUGAUUUUGUGAAAAAAUUAGUGGAAGAGCCAGGCAAUAAUUAUAAGGUUAAACAGUUAAAUUUUAGCAGUUGGUGUAGAUUUCCUUUCUAUGGAGUUGAUUUUGGUUGGGGAAAGCCCAUUUGGGUAAGUACUGUAAUGGAGCAAGAAAAUGGUGUCAUUUUCUUGGAUACUAUUGAUGGGCAAGGAAUUGAAGCAUGGAUAAGCUUGUCCAGAGAAAAUAUGGAUAAAUUUGAAAAAAACCCAGAAAUUCUUGAAUUUGCUACUUUUAAUCGAAGCACAGUGAAGAUUGAUUAA